AUGCCACGAUCAUCGGAUGCCAAGGAACGCUUUAUCAGGACCGCGGCCAGCCUUUUCCGCCAAGGCGGCUACCACGGUGUCGGUCUGAACGAGAUCAUCGCGGAGGCGAAUGCGCCGAAGGGUUCCUUCUAUCACCAUUUCCCGGGGGGCAAGGACGAGCUGGCCUGCCACGCCAUGGCCUAUGCUGCCGGUUUCAUGCGCCGGAAGAUGGCAGGGGCAUUCGAGGAGGCGGACAGUUUCGACGCCGGAGCGCAGGCCUUGAUUGCAAGACUGGCGGACUGGUUCGAGCAAUCGGGUUGGCAGCUAGGAUGUCCGAUCACGACAAUCGCUCUGGAAACGGCUCCGUCGAACACGCGCUUGACCAAUGCGGCUCGCGGGUCUUUCGAUCUUUGGACGGACGAGAUCGCGGAACAUGCCAUCCGCCUGGGCGCGGCCGGCGAUCCGCGGACCGAGGCCGAGCGGUUGCUGACAAUGAUCGAGGGCGCCUGGAUCAUGGCGCGGGUACGGCAAUCGCGCGCGCCGUUCGAACAGAUCGCAUCGCUCUACGAUCGGACUCCGACCGGCGAACGUACCGCACGCUGA